AUGAUUUGGUUAUUAAUUACUUUCAUUAAAUUUUCAAUUGCUUUUAAUUGUUCUUCUGUUGAUAAAUUGACAAUUCCAAGUACUACUACUUUGAAUACCUCACAUAUCCUUUUUUUUAAAAGUUCUUCUGAACAAACCCUGUCACUUCUUGUUUGUACUCUUAGUGAUACUCAAGUUCAUGUUACUAUCGAUAAUACUUGUAAUGAAAAUGGAUUAUCUAAUGAAUUACAAACAAUUGAUACUAAAACACGAUGUGAUGACAGUCCAUUGAUUCAGAUUUUUGCAUCUAAAGAUGAAACAUUUUAUUUUAAUAUCACAGUAACAAAUGAAAGUGAUUACCAAAUAUCAAUUUCUGUUUCUAAUUCAAAUAAUGAUAAUCAAUCAAUUAAGGAUUAUGUAACUUAUAUUAUUAUGGGAAUCCUUCUUUGUGUCCUUAUUAUUACUAGUUUAUUUGUAGCUUUUUUAGCUGAUUGUAGACAUAAAAAGGAAGUAUCAGAACAACAUAAAUCUCAAGUCGUUAUGUUUUAA